UACUGUGGCCAUCGUGGCUGAUGUUGAUUGCAUCGCCCACCACUAGGAAGUCAUUUCUACUAUAAGCUGCACUUGAUUAGCAACAUCCCAUCCAAUAACGGGUUGUUUUUGUGUUGAUCCUGCUCAAGCUCUGCGUUUCCCUAAAAUCAGGAAGAAACAAGGGUCAGCUGGAAGGUGGGAUGGAUGUCAUGUACGCCACUGAAGGGCCCUGCGUUUGGGACAUACACUGUACAUGCUUCCUUGGGACUAGUAGUUAUUGAGGUGAGGGGCUUGAGCUAGUAAACCCCUUCACAUCUUGCUCGACGUGGAUGGAUCUACUGUGUUUCAGCUUGGGAUUUGUUGUACAUGUACUGGUACAUGUACAUGUAUACAUGUACGUGACCAGCUAGGGUUUGAUGCUUCUGUUUCUAGUACUGAAGCCUUUACUAGGAUGUGUUGGCCCAACUGAGGGGUGAAAUAAGGGACAAGCAGCGGAGGGCCCUGAUAGCAUCAUCUCCUGGUUGCCCAUGGUUGACUCAUCAACAGUGUGUAAUGGUUUAGCCUGUAUUACACCCUCUCCCCUUAGGGCCAAGGGACAGCCAUCAAUGACAGUGCUGCCAACAGUCUUGUCUGAGUAUCCCCAUUAAAGUACACGUAACAUCAUCAGCACCAUUCAGUGUGAACAGCGCUCGCAAGACCAUAGCAGAAAUUCAAGAGUCGCCAGAUGUGAAUGGGCAAAAUCAACGUUUGCAUGCCCUACAUUUCUUAAAAAGUGCAGGCACCGGGAGCAUUUAAACCCUGGGGACCAGAGUGACAGUGAAUUCAAGGAGUUACGGAUGAGUUAAUAUUGGACGUUUCCAGGCUGGAGCUACAUGCAUUCUUGGCUGGGACAAUGCUACUUUUCCUGUGUUGACGCUCUGCUGUGUCCCACUGGAAGUGGACAGGAAUCAGGUGUUGAAUCUGUGUCAAGUAAAGCAUGAAGUUCAUCAGGCCAUAUACAUAUACAUGUACAUAGGCCAAGUUUGUGUGAUGAGGUGCACAUUCUAUCAAGAGGCUGCUUAAGUACAUUCUAUGUUGUUAAACUCCAAAGUCGGUCUACCGCCAAAGAAUUGUCCUUCACUUUCUGACAGCAGGAACAAUAGCAAGAUGUAUUUCAUGAACCUUUAUAGUUACGAACACAUCAGGAAUAUGUAGCCUUGCUAAGAAGAUCAGCCUUUGUGCCAAAUCUUGCCAUCUGUACAUUUAUUCAGAAUCUUUUUUACAACGUGAUUAGCAAAUGAACGCUAAUCACUUUUUAUCACAGCAUCAAAGUGUAAAAGUCACAAACUGUGUACUUGAAAGAUACUAUAUUUAUUCUCCAUUACCAGGAACAUGCUUUUCACAAAGGUGCUCAUGUUCCCUCCGGUUUAUUUUUUGUACAUAUACGUACUGGUACCUGAUCUCUUUUGUGGAAACUAAUUAAGUCCAUACUCAGGAAGCCUUGCAGGCACAAAAGCACACAUCUCAGCCUCAGCAGGCAAUGUUGAUGAUCUUGCCCAUGCAGUUUACUGCCCUAUUUAGUUUGCCAAGCAAGUCCUGUCUAAAUUGCUCUUUUAAUUGUUCUUUUAAUCACUGCAACUCAAGGCAUGUCAGUAAAUACCCUUUAACAGUGACAGCCUGUGUGUACCGGUAAACUACAUGUACAUGUGAGGUUUCAGGUACAUGUGUACCUGGGGCUUUUUUAGUGAUUUACAAAGCUAUACACCUAAUCAUUGUUUCAUUUUUGCAUAAAUACAUGUACCAGCACCUGUACUACGAAAGGCUGGAAUUGAUACAGUGAAAAUUUUGAUAGUGGUUAUUCAUUAUAGUUCGCUGGAAGGAUUGUGCAGCCUCCCAUAAUGCACGUUGUUCUGCAGGCCUGCGUACUCAUUGUUUAGCUGGGACUGAUCCCUGGGAGGUUGCAUGCCGUCACUGCACGUACAUACAUGUGCAUGCCUCAUCGACAAUUAUGUUGGUGAACGGAUGUCUGAGUGAAUGCUCAGUGUGGAUCAUUUAGUCUGUAACCGAGUCUGAUGUCGGGUUUGUCUACUGUGUUCUGCCAGCAUGGAUGAAAUCUAGCUGGGCUUGAGUAGGCCGGACAAACUGCUUAUCUGCUUAAUUUACUCUGCUUGAAUUUUUUGGGUGUGCUUCUUGAAGAUUGGCUUAAAUUGCACAUGGAAUAUAAAAGGGACUGUGUUUUGGUAUCGUCACGUGCUUUAGUUUGUCAAAUUAUCAGGAAGUUGACAUUUAUGCUGUGUCAAGUGAUGCAAAUUAAGCAGAUGUUGCUUCAUGCUCUUGAAAUAUCACGCUUUGUUCAAAUGUUUACAGCUUGUUUUUAACCAUAACGGUGCACGUACAUGUACAUGUAUGUUGUCAGUACUGAGAAGUACUAGACCCUGUGUUGUACAUGUAGAAGCAGUGACAGGCACAAUAUGACAAUGAGUCGCGGCGUAAUCUUCAUUGUCACCGCUUCUAUUUUUGUACUAUUCUCUCUUCUAAUGUAUACCGAAGUUCUUUCAAGGCACUCAAAGUGGUUUGAGCAUGCCCCACCGGAAACCAUCUCACAGAGAAGCAGGUUAAAUGGCCACCCAUUCUUGCACUUGGCACGGCCGGAAUCGACAAAUCAUGCGUCCGGUGUCAGUCGAAGAAUGAAACAGCGGCGGUACAGUGCAAUGAAUAUCACCAAGUUGACCUUUGCCGAUGCAGAAAGAGUCAGUACUGCGCAUCCGGUAGGUUUGAAAAUAAUGGUCCUGGCCAGGAUGCGAACAGGCUCCACACUGCUUGGGGAAAUCCUAAACCAGAACCCUAGCUUGUUCUACCUGUUUGAACCUCUGCAUGCCACUGAUUCCAUGGUGCACAUGAGGAUGAUGGAGUUGAGCAAGAUGGAAGCAUCCAUGGCCAUGCUCCUCCGUAAACUCUCCAACUGCAUCUUUCCCAGCGAGUUUAUGUAUGACAUUUACAACUGGCGCAUUGCCAGAGGGAAGAGCAGUACCAUCCGAGACAUGUGUGAGGCCAAAUUCAAAUGCAACAAGGCCAACCCUACGCUAUUCAAUGCUCAGUGCAAGAGACACAAAGGGAACAUGGCAAUGAAAAUGAUCCGUGCCAAUCUUGAGACGAUUAAACCCCUCAUACUCGAGGAUCACCUGAAUGUAAAAAUACUCCAUCUUGUUCGAGACCCUCGUGCCACAGCCAACUCGCGAAAAAGGUUUUACUGUCCAAGAAAAAAAAUUCCUCCGGAGCAGUGUUCUUUAUAUGCACUGGGCAUAUUAGAAAACGAGCCCAACCUGCUUAAAUACAAAACUGUGCACAAGUACUGCCAGUGGAUGCGUGACACUGUGCAGGCUGCUUUGGCAAGACCAGAGUGGCUGCGAGGGCACUAUAAGCUCAUCCGAUAUGAAGACUUAGCACUGGAGCCACUACGCUUCACCAAAGAUAUCUACAACUUUCUGGGGCUCCCCCUGCACCCACAGGUGACAGAAUGGGUCCGGGCAAACACACAGGAGAACACCAACAAAAGCUCCAAAGUCUUCAAUACCCGGAAGAACUCAACGCAGGCGGCCAUCAGCUGGCGGAACUCACUGACUUUCAAGGAGGCCAAAGAUGUUGAAAAGAAAUGUGGUGAUGUAAUGGAGCUGCUCGGCUAUCGAUCACUCGGAUCGGAGGAGGAUUUGACCAACUAUGAAGUGCCGGUCACUUCACCACUUGAUAUUGGGGCUGACAUCAGUUUUACUUAAGUAUAGAAUGGCCCCUGUGGCCGUUUCUGUAGUUGUACUAAUUGAAGAUGUGUGAAACAUUUAUGUGAAACGUAUACAAUAUUGGAUUUUAUGUGAAACAUGUACAGUAUUAGAUUUUUUGUAUCAGUUAGUGUUUGUUGUAACUAUUCUUGCCACCCGUCCAUUGUGGAACAAAUUGAAUUAGUCUGUACAUGUACAUGUACUUGUAUGGUUUUACGGCUCUACAUUUUCAGAACAUGCAUACUGUAGGUCUGUAAACGUUAAAACUGGUAAGAUGAUGGCUUUUGCAGUAAACAUGGUAAACAUGCACUUUCCAUCAAUCUUGUCAAACUUAUCGAAGUCAACCAAAACAGUUUUUUUAACUUAAUGUUUGACAAGACAUUUUUUGUAGAACUCAGUAAGGAUCGGUAUUUCAAAUACAAAAUGGGAAUACAGAAUGGGAGGAAGAGGUAUUGCAAAGAAAUGGGAGGGGGGGAGUACAGUACAUGUCCAUGCACCCCCUCUACCUUUGGUAGGGUUACAGACCAUUACACCUAGGGUGUGUUUGUUCACUGAUGCCAUUUGUAUGCUGAAGCCAAUGGUAAUACUUAAUGCAUCUCUGCUAUCUGCUCUUGAGCAUUAAUAUACAUGUACGUGUGCUGUAGGUAAUUUGGCCGUCCAUCUUUCUUUAGACAAUGGAUGACAGAGUCUGUGUGACUCAGGACUGCCAACUUUUAGACUUACGUGUGGGAUGGGAUACUGUACAUAUAGCUGGUAAAAACACGUGUAUUGAAGAGGCUUAAACUGUAUUAUUCAUCAUGAUAGCUCAUAGCUAUACACUGUAUGUAACAACUUGAUGCGUCAUCAUGUAUGUGCAUUACCAGUAUGUCAGCCAUGAACGUGGGCUUUACCAGGAUAUUUUCUGAGUGUGGGAGGAUGGGGCACAAAGCACUAGUGAACAGCAAACUGACAAACAUUAGUGUUGGAAGGGAGUCGGUAUCGAGUUGCUUUCAAUUCAAAUUGGUGCUUUUCCUCCUCUUUAUCUUGCUAUUGUAUCUCUUCAUUUUUACCCCCUCCCCUGUCUGUUCAUUUUCAUCGAGGAGGGAUGAGGAAAGUGCCCCUUUUCCCUCUUCAUGAUGUCCACGUGUCUGUGAAGCUAAAGAGAUGCUUGGGUUGGGACUUGUGGAUUCGUUGUUUUGUGAGUUGUUCCUUUGAAAUCAUGUCAGUUAUAAUUGACGAAAUCUCAUAUCAAUGCUAGACUUAGUCUGUUUUUGGAUAAUGUUUUUAUACCUGCUGUAGUUUGUGUUAUGAAGUUUGAAAUUUUUUUAAUUGUUUUUGUUAAAUUUUAGUCAAACAAGUUGUAUCCUUGACAGGAUAUUUUGAAUUUCCAUGUUAAAUUUGAGUUAUGCAAAUCAAUAUAUUUUGACUUCAGUUACUGCCAAUCUUGAAAAUUUGUGUACAAGUAAUAGAAUUUUAUAUUUUGAACAGUCUUUUGUGAAUUGAAUGGACAUUUUGAAGCAGUUUAUAGAAUCUUGCCAGUUUGAAUUGUAAUUAGAUUGGAAGGAUUAUGAUUGACUCAUGCUUUGGGGAAAACAAGCUUCCCAUCUCAUGCUGGAAACACGGUGAGUAAGCAGAAUUUUCUGGCAGAAAAAAAGAAAAAAAUUGUGCAAAAACGCUGCAUGCCAUUGAGUAGAAUGACUCUGUAAUGUUGCUUUAAUGUUUUAGCAAAGACCUUUAUGUUUGUGUUUGUUUAAACACUUGGACUUGCCGUUAGUGUGAAUAUCCUGUAAGUAUUAUGUAUAUACAUUUUAAAUAAUGCAAGCACGUAUGCUACCUGUAUAUGCUUUAUUGUUUACCAUUGUUAAGAAUCCCCAUCUAGCGUAUUUUUGCUUCAAAUGAGCCUUCAUACAGCAGUCUACAUGUAUAGAGUAUUACCACAUACAUGUACAUAUGUAUGGGCGUAGUGACCUUUCCCUUCUGAUACAGCAAUUUUGGGCAAAUUCAUCUUUAAGAUCUCAAGUUGGCAACAAACAUGUUUUGAACUUCUACGGUAGUUUAUGUCUGUAGUCAGGUUUUUUAACAACCAAUCAAAUUUUUGUGCAGUUAAACUUUUUUGUUACAUUUUUGUUCCAUAGCUGCAACAUUUAAGAAAAGCACACCAUAACGUUGAAACGCCCAUACAAUCCGUUGCAGGCUACUAGAACAAGCUUUGUGAUUGGUCAGAUUGUAUGAGAUUUGUGAUGGAAUAGGCCGUCCAAAUAUGGUAAUACUCCAGACUGUACAUGUAAAUUAUGAAAGCUACAUCAGCUUUCUGAAAAGUGGAGGUUUUUGGUGGCUUUCUUACCUGAAUGUCAAAGGAUUUAGCAUUUACCCCAAGUCUCUGUUUUAUCUCUUCAAAAUGUCAUGCAAGGCAUUUGUGAUUGUUUUUUUUUUUUGGCUUCGCAGAGACACUUGAUGCUUCGGAAAAUGCCGAGCCAAGGGCAUUAUUGUCAGAAUAUUCAGAGAUAUAAACAGUGAUAUUCUCAGUCUAGUUUUACUGUACUUCCAGCAGCAGUGACUUCUUGAUAAAACUUUCAGCCUCCCAUGGGUCCUUCAAAAUUCAGUGGGAAGUUUUGGAGGAUUCAUACAGUGGGAUUGAGGAAGGUGGAGCCCAGCCACUGUUAAUUUUGCAGAGUUUUCUGUACAAAGAAUGCUCAGUGGAGGAUUUGGGAGGGUUCAGGAAAUAAAAGUUCCUAAUAGGAAUAUCUAGGCAUUUAGAAUUGAUCACAGCCCUAAGGAAGGAUGGGGACUGCCCCCCCCUUAGAAAACUUCUGAAACAUUCGUAAAUGUUGUUAACAUGAUGUUUUGUUUAUAAAGAAAAUAUGAUGUGAAUGUAAGCAUUCAAUAAAUAUGUACUGUGUACAUGUGUAGAUGUUUGUGAAUUGAGGUUUGUCUGCAAGUAUGUGUAAAUAUGAAAAAGUGACACUGGGAUUAUAUUGCUUUAACUUGCAUGGUUAGUCAGGGUGUCUAUGCAUCCAAAUGCUGCUUUCCAACGUCAUCCAUUUUAGUACAUCAUGAAUUAAUGUGCAUUGUGCAUUGACUGCAGACCAGAGAGAGUUGAGGUUGGGAAUGGAACCACACAGAUAACGGCCCUCUCUUCCUUCUACUAAAUGUCAAUUUUUUUUGGUUGUCUUAAUUUCCUUUCAUGAAAUGUCAUACAGUGUUUCAAACGUUGGCUUAUUUCUGAAGGCAGUUGGUCUCCGCAUAUGUUGCAUUCAAAGACUCAGACACCCUCUGGGAAAAUUUAAGCUUUUGAUUAACGUCUUAUCUGCCCCUUUGAAAAAUCCUGGCUUGUUUUUUUAGUCAUACAUGGAACUUUUGUUUUCCAUUUCAAUUUCUUAAACUCCAUAUUUUUUUAUGUGUCUCACUGGCUUCAUAUAAUUAUCUCUCCAGUUCACUUUUUGAACUCCCUUAGUUCAUGCACAGCAAAAUUCUGCAGACUUUUUAAUAUCUAUAUUUUUUUAUGAAAAUAAAAUGACUGAGCCAUUCAUCUGAACUUGUAUAAAAGCAAACAUCAUUUAUACUUUACUGUUGCUGCAACCUUCAGCCAUUUGUGCUUGGUUUGAAGUUAUCCAGUUAGGCAGAUUAACAUAUUGGGUUUACGGUCUUUCAAUUUGCCCUGCAAAUACAAGCCUUGAAAAUUCA